UCCACGACAAACUAAGAAUCCAAGAUGCGCUUUUUACUCAUAGCAGUUUUGUGCCUUUCCAUAGCCGUUUGCACACUAGCAAACGAUUUUGAACUCGGUAAACGCCAGCCGGGCGACUACCGCGUCAUCAACAGGAGGAACAUCGUUAAACCUGGAGUCCCUUUUCUGGUUAUCAAAGCCAGAAUCGGCAUGAGGUGUCCGGACAAUGAAACCUUCACCUACAUUAAGAUUAGCAGUAUAAAUGGCAAAGAAGUUGGUUUUCAACUGCUCGAAGGCGAUGUGGGCACACAAAUCAUAAAAGUGAUGGUAUCAGGAAAAGAAAAAGGCGUAGGAUUAUUGUUAAAUGCAGAAGGUUACUGCAUAUCAAACACAAUUACCUCAGAAGCACUGACAGCAACGGAAAGCAACGCGAAAGUAGACAACGACAUAGCGAGCUACGACAUAGCAAAGAACAACGUCAACUACACCCGAUGAAAAUGAGCAGUAGAGAAAGAAUAAGCGACACAUUCAAUGGCAACGAAAGCACUGCCGAUAACGACAACGAAAUCUGGCUUGACAAUGAUAAUGACGGAAUAGAGAGAGAAGAAAAAUCUUCUUUAGAAAAAUUAUUAAUUUGAACUUUAGACACACGUUUUAAUUUAAGUUCUGAGUGUGUAAUGAUUGCUAUGUAUACGUGACUAGAUAUAUGGAAAAAAAAUUAGACGCAUCAUACGAAACGACUCGAUUGUAUAAUUAUGAUGCUGGGAGUGCGAGUAGAAAAAUUGCUAAGAAAAACUGCUCACUAUCGCGAUAAAUUGGCCAGUUUUUAUUAAUUAGGAUUUAGUAGACAGCAAUUGCUCGGAGAUUUUGUAUUAAGAUCCACAUUAAUUACGAGGGUAGUCCCAGAAGUACCUGACCUAACAAAGAA